CGAAUAAUAAUCUGCCGGCUAUGGAGGAAGACUCAAGACACGCUUACUUUAUGAAGCAAGCUUUAUUGAUGAAAAUUAAGUGCCCUGACUUAUUUCAUCAGGGUACAAAACACGCUGAGUUUAUUGCGAUCGAGCAGAUGCUCCAAAGUCACCCCAAAUCCUUACUUCGUUCAACAAAGCUCUAUGUCACGGUCGAACCCUGCGUUAUGUGUGCUUCUGCUUUGAGGCAGUACCGAAUACAGGCAGUGUAUUUUGGCUGCGGUAAUGAACGUUUUGGAGGCACGGGAAGCAUUCUCUCACUACACACCGAUUUCUCAAUAGACCCACCUUACCCAGUGUAUGGUGGGUUGUUUAGUAAGGAGGCCGUAAUGCUACUUCGCAGGUUUUAUAUUCAAGAGAACGAGAAAGCACCCAAACCUCGCCCCAAGAAAAGCAGAGAGCUAAAUACAAGAUUUUGAGGAUAACCUAAGAGCUACAACCUUACCGCCUUAGGAG